UCUUUUACAUACAUGUGCAUCUUUUUUAUUUUAACGUUUUCAACAAUACAGUACCUCUAUAACUAUAUGAAAAGGUUUUGAUUAAUUUAGUAAAUAUAACAGGUAGUCAAAUGGAUAUAGUUCUAUAAUGUGGUUAAAUGCACCCAAGAGUUCUAUAUAAUAAUUUAAGUGAAAAUAAAAUAAAAUAGUGAGAAGUGAAGUCAGUUUUGCAAUAACUUAUUUUGGUUUAUAAUUUUACUUCUGAAGAAUGAGUUUGCACGAUUGAUAUUUUAUUUUAUUCAUGUUUGGAUCACGGUCGUUUUUAAAAGUCAUCAUUUCCAUCACUAGUUUUUGUUUAACACGCAUCAACUAUGUUGUUAUUUAUUGCAGGCGGCAACUGAACUUAUCCUAUUUUUUAUUUUAUACAUUUUUAUUACAUUGUUUUCUUCAUAUUUUUACUAUUACAUCCAAUUCUAAAUUAAUUAUCCAUCUGAUAAUGCAGAAAUAAAGAUAUCUUAACAUAGGCAAUCGAAUCCAACACAUGAGCUGAUGUAAUAAAAGAUGAGUGGAAAGUGUCUGCUUUUUCUAGUCCCUAUAACUUGUUGUCCACUAUUAUUCCCUCCACCACCACUACAAAGACGACAAAAGAAGGAAAAAAAGAGCGAGAGAGAGAGAGACAUGGAUUUAGACUGGGUAGCAGCUUUUCUCAACGACUACGAAUGGUUGAUCGAGUACCUCAAAAACAUGGUGAAGCCAGCGGCGGCGCUCGCCGUCGUGCUUCUAGCCGUGGCUCUCUCCUACUCGCAGAACCUCUCUUUGGAAGGAGAAAUGAUCUACUCUGUUUUCAGAUCGUUUCUUCAGCUCUCUGUCAUCGGUUUCGUUCUUCAGUUCAUCUUCGACCAAGAAAACGCAGGCUGGAUCGUCCUCGCUUAUCUCUUCAUGGUCUUCGUCGCUGGUUACACCGCCGGACAACGUGCCAAGCACGUGCCACGUGGUAAGUACGUGGCCGGGGUAUCUAUCCUCGCCGGAACAGGUAUAACAAUGUUCCUGCUCGUUGUCCUCAACGUCUUUCCUUUCACUCCGAGGUAUAUGAUCCCUGUGGCGGGGAUGAUGGUCGGAAAUGCCAUGACGGUCGUAGGCGUUACAAUGAAACAGCUACGAGAUGACAUCAAAAUGCAGCUAAACCUGGUGGAAACGGCUUUGGCACUAGGAGCAACACCACGACAAGCGACACUGCAACAGGUGAAGAGAGCUUUGGUGACAUCUCUAUCUCCGGUUUUGGAUAGCUGCAAAACCGUUGGUUUGAUCUCUCUACCAGGGGCCAUGACGGGUAUGAUAAUGGGUGGCGCGUCGCCUCUUGAAGCUAUUCAGCUACAGAUAGUUGUCAUGAACAUGAUUGUUGGAGCAGCCACGGUUAGUAGUAUCAUGUGUACGUAUCUUUGUUGGCCAUCUUUUUUCACUAAAGCUUACCAGUUGCAAACUCAUGUCUUCUUAAGUUGAAGUUUUGAUCAUCAAUGUCCUUUCAGCAACC